AUGCCUAAAAAUAAAAAACAGCGACAGGCUUCAAGUAGUGAUAGUGAUGACGGUCCUGUUGACAGGAAUCCGCCACCUGAAAAAAAGGCUAAAACUGCUACCAGAACCGAUGAUAAGGAACCUACUUGGGUAUUACAGGGUAAAAAGUUAGUAAAAGUACGUGAAUUUAAGGGUAAAGUUUAUGUUGACAUAAGAGAAUUCUAUGAAAAGGACGGCAAUCUAUUGCCGGGCAAAAAAGGAAUUUCCUUACAACCUGAUCAAUGGAGAAAGCUACUGUCUUUAGGAGAUGAAAUCAAUGAAACAAUUAGCUCUAUGUGUUAA